CGAGACCGCACGUUCUGGACGCACCUGAGACCCCCAGAGCGAGAGAUCCAGCAUGCCUUCCGAGACACCCCAGGCAAAAGAGGAGUCUGCAGGGUGCCCCCACGUCUCAAGGGCACCCUCGGGGAAAGGGAGCCUGGAGAAGGGGCCCCCCAGGGACAAGGAAACCAAGGAGUGCCUGUGGAUCCGGCCCGAUGCCCCGAGCAGGUGCACCUGGCAGCUGGGCAGGCCUGUCUCUGACUCCCCACAUCACCACGUGGCCCUGGCAAAAUCUCCAAAAAUCUUGCCAGAUAUUCUGGAGAAAAUUGGGGACACCCCCAUGGUCAGAAUCAACAAGAUCGGGAAGAACUUCGGCCUGAAGUGCGAGCUCCUGGCCAAGUGCGAGUUCUUCAAUGCGGGUGGGAGUGUGAAGGACCGCAUCGGUGUGCGGAUGGUGGAGGACGCUGAACGGGAUGGGACUCUGAAGCCUGGGGACACCAUCAUCGAGCCGACGUCCGGGAACACGGGGAUCGGGCUGGCUCUGGCUGCCGCUGUGAAGGGUUAUCGCUGUGUCAUCGUGAUGCCAGAGAAGAUGAGCACUGAGAAGGUGGAUGUCCUGCGGGCCCUGGGGGCCGAGAUCGUGAGGACGCCCAGCAACGCCAGGUUUGACUCUCCUGAGUCACACGUUGGGGUAGCGUGGCGGCUGAAGAAUGAGAUCCCCAAUUCCCACAUCCUAGACCAGUACCGCAACGCCAGCAACCCCCUGACCCACUACGACAGCACCGCCGAGGAGCUCCUACAGCAGUGCGACGGGAAACUGGACAUGCUGGUGGCUUCAGUGGGCACAGGUGGCACCAUCACGGGCAUCGCCAGGAAGUUGAAGGAGAAAUGUCCUGGAUGCAGAAUCAUUGGGGUGGAUCCCGAAGGCUCCAUCCUCGCCGAGCCUGAGGAGCUGAACCAGACAGAGCUGACGGCCUAUGAGGUGGAGGGGAUUGGCUAUGACUUCAUCCCCACGGUGCUGGACAGGACGGUGGUGGACAAGUGGUUCAAGAGCAAUGACAAGGAGUCCUUCGCUUUCGCCCGCAUGCUCAUCGCGCAGGAGGGGCUGCUGUGCGGUGGCAGCUCCGGCAGCGUGAUGGCAGUGGCCGUGAGGGCCGCCCAGGAGCUGCAGGAGGGUCAGCGCUGCGUGGUCAUUCUUCCUGACUCAGUGAGGAACUACAUGUCCAAGUUCCUGAGUGACAAGUGGAUGCUGCAGAAGGGCUUCAUGAAGGACGAUGACCUUACGGUGAAGAAGCCAUGGUGGUGGCACCUCCGAGUUCAGGAGCUGAGCCUGUUGGCUCCGCUGACCGUGCUGCCGACGGUCACUUGUGAGCACACCAUCGAGAUCCUCCGUGAGAAGGGCUUCGAUCAGGCGCCUGUGGUCAAUGAGUCAGGGGUGGUCCUGGGGAUGGUGACACUCGGGAACAUGCUCUCAUCCCUGCUCGCUGGGAAGUUGCAUCCAUCAGACCAGGUCCACAAAGUCAUCUACAAGCAGUUCAAACAGAUUUGCCUGACGGACACGCUGGGCAAGCUCUCGCACAUCCUGGAGAUGGACCACUUUGCCCUGGUAGUCCACGAGCAGAUCCAGUCACGGGACCAGGCCUGGUCAGGAGAGGUGGGGGGGCAUGCAGACCAAAGCAAUGGGAAGUCCAGUAAGCGGCAGAUGGUGUUCGGGGUCGUCACCGCCAUUGACUUGCUGAACUUCGUGGCCACCCGGGAGCGGGACAGGAAGUGAAGCCUGGAAGUGCUGGGGCAGCGGUGGAGCCCACUCCCCACUCUUCCUGCCUGGGAGCUUUUCUCUUUUUCCUUUGUAAACACUAAACAAACCCAUGUGAUUCUUAACUGCCUGAUGCUGGGCAUCUCUUCAGCCCUGCCAGGUAGCCAGGAGCAGGGUGAGGUACAUAGUCUGGGGCCAGCAUGACUCUUACAGUUUUCCUUUCAUUAACUCUUGGCUACCUAGACGAAUCUGUUUAUGGUUUAUGAGAUAUAUGAAUUUUUCUUAAAUGUAACUUCCUCUUAAAAUGUUUCACCAAGGAAAUAUUUAAAAAGUAGUCAGCAGGUAGAAUGGACACAUGAAAUGAUCAGGGCAGAGUGCGUUGAAGGCAGAAGAAAGUGCCUUUACCGGAGAAGAAUCCAGAAUGGGGAACAGCACAAAGGGAGCUCAGGAAGCCCGCGUCAGUCCAGGAUCCACUCUCACAGGCAGCACUGUCCGCUUGGGGCCGGGGUGGGUGGAGGAGCUUGAGUGUUUGGGUUUUUUAAAUUGAGGUGAAAUUCACAUAACCUAACAUCAACAAUUUUAAAGUGAAUAAUUCAGUGGCGCUUAUAGAGACGGUGACUGUACAAGGUACUAUCAAGUUCUAAAACAUUUCCACCAGGCGGUUAAGCAAUCACUCCCUGCUCCCCUCUUCCCAUCCCCCUUGGCACCCACUAGUCUACUUUCUAUAAGUUCUAUCAAGUUCUAAAACAUUUCCAUCAGACCCUUAAGCAAUCACUCCCUGCUCCCCUCUUCCCGUCCCCCUUGGCACCCACUAAUCUUUCUGUUUCUAUGGAUUUACCAG